AAUAACGCUCUGUCGUGGACAAUAUAUGGAUAACUGUAGCGAUCCAGUUUUCUUUUAUCAAUAUCUCUUUUCAAAUUGCUACACUUUUGAGCAACCUCUCAAAUUGGACAACUGGAAGAAUGUCUGGAUCACACAAGUGGUAACAAUGAUUCUAAAUUUUGAGACUGAAGAUUUUAUGGAGGUGUUGAGACAGCCUGGAGGGUUCUUAUUCAUUCAUCCUCGGGACUCCUUACCGGACUUUCGAAGAGACUAUGUGGAGGUCAACCCUGGUUCCAAGGUGGACAUUAAGUUACAAAAGAGAUCAACUAUCCUGAAGGACUCUCCUAUUACGAAGUGUACUGACUAUGGGAGUGUACUGUCACGCUGGUACCCGAACAAAAAAAUGAACCCAAGGCAAUGUUCUCAGGAAUGUCUUGCUGAAGCUGUCGAGCAUCACUGUGGCUGUGCACACUUUACCAGCAUAUAUCCGAUCGUCAGGCGAUGUGAUGAAGUCAACGAUACUGAAUAUGGUUGCAUCUUCGAGGCAGAAAAGAUCCACGUAGAUGAUUGUUUGGACUCCUGUGCUCCACCUUGUGAGAAAGAAUAUUAUGAACUACAGAUGUCAUAUUUUCAAUGGCCCACUAGAUUAGAGGAACUUCGACGUCUUCUACCAAAUGACUUGAAAAAUAUGACCUUGGAAUUUGCCCAGAAACAACUUGCGGAAGUGACAGUCAGUUUUCCUGGAAAUGAACAUAUCAUUCACAAACAUCAACCAAAGUUUGAGGCCAUAGAAGUGUUCAGCUACGUCGGUGGAUACAUUGGAAUCUGGUUAGGUGUCUCUCUUGUAACUUUGUGGGAAUUCUUUGAGAGACUAACUCUUCUUGUGCAGUUUAUACUUCAAAAUCUAUGUUGUAAACUUGCAGGAUGCUCACAAGUGAAACCAAAAUGUAGUGGUACUGUUGUACAAAUGACUACCUACUAAAACUACAUUUUUUUGUAAAUUCUUGUUUGGAGAUACGUUACAUCGUUUAUGAUCAAUGGUUCUCUAACGUCAUAUAAUGGUAAAGUUUACCAUUAGUUAACUUCUUCAUGUAAUAGCAAUUCAUUCACUACUACUAAUUUUUAGGUGUCGAAAAAAUUAUGAUGUUAACUUUUAAAAUACUAUUGUAUAUCAUAUUUCAUGUAUGGAAUUUUUAACUGCUAUAAAAUUUAACAAUUCGACGUUCAUUUUGGAGCUUAGAAAAGUCAUUUUUUUAUAGUGGAACAUGUACUAGAUAAUACUGCUUAUUUAGGU